GUAACACAUCAUUUUUGCUACUCCCACGUCAGCACACUUAACUUUUUGAAAAUACGCCCAAAAUUGUCCCUUUUGAGAAUCAAACUCGGGUGGUAAGGUUCUCUUCUGAGAAUAGGUACAAAUAUGCUUGUAGGUGUUGGGUAGUUGGCAAAGCAAGGAGCACCAAUGAGCUAGAUUUAAGUUCGAUUCUAUGCAACUGCGUUGAAGGACACUUUACUAAACAUAGAACCACUACAAUUACUAGGUGCAUGCUCCAUUAAUCUGACAAAUAUUGAAAUUUUGGCGCGACCCUUCGUCUAUGAGGUCUACAGUCUACUGGUCCACACAUGAAGCAUCAUUAUGUUUCUCUUUAAACAUCGCCAACAAGCAAGAGGGACUGAGCAUGGUGGAAAAGGAAAAGUUAGGCGGCAGCCGACCGCCGUCGUCACAGCCGGGCCGCCGUCGUCACAGCCGAGUACAGCUGACGCUCAACUCCACACAUCUGCUAGUUUUUCUUUUGUAGGUGAAUGAACACUGAAAUUAUAU